AUGCACCACGGAUAUAAGAGUACUAAUCGCGAUGCCAAGUCAGCCCGUGAAACCAGAACUACUUCAACAGUCGAAUUAAGAAAUCAAAAACGAAAUGAAAUGUUACAGAAGAAAAGAACAAUGGCGAUCAGUCGUGGUCCAAGUCUCUAUAGUAUUAGUGAACUAGCCGAGAAAGUCACUUCUGAUGAUGCCGAUAAGAUCGUUGAUGCCGUCACUGAAUUCCGUCGUUUAUUAAGUGCUACUAAAGUCCCUCCUAUUGAUAGUAUUGUUGAAAAUGGCUUAACUCCAGUCUUCUCUAAGCUAAUUGAUGCCAACAACCCCUUCUUUGCCACAAUUCCCAAGGAGAAGGUCAAACGUAUUAUGCACGAGUCAGCUUGGGUUGUUACUAAUAUAGCUUCAGGUAAUUCUUAUCAAACAGAAGCACUGAUUAAGUGUGGUUGUGUAACUAACUUAAUUAAGCUUAUGCAUAUUGAUGACUUAGAACUACAGGAUCAAGCCGUUUGGGCUCUAGGUAAUAUAUCUGGAGAUGGCGAGGAGGCUAGAGACUUAGUUAUUAGGGGAGGAGUAACCGAACCUUUACUAGGUCUUAUUGGAAUGGCUAUGAACAACCGUGAGACAUUCUUAGGCUUUUUAAAGAACCUCAUUUGGGCACUUAGUAAUACUAAUCGGGGACGUAAUCCACCGGCACCUUUUGAGCAUAUGCAAAUGUCUUUACCUGCGGUAGUAACUCUUAUUAGAACUGAAAGUAAUCCUGAUAUUUUAGCCGAUGCAUUUUGGGCGCUUAGUUAUAUUUGUGAUGCUGGAGUUCCUCAGGCCAAUCUAGUCUUAGAAACGGGUAUUAUUGUGGAUACAGUGCGUAUAUUGGCUUCUUAUCAGGAAUUAGUGUCUAAAGAAGAGACAGAGUUUAUUACGCGGCGUGAGAAGACUAUUUCUCCUAUUAUGCGUACGCUUGGUAAUAUUAUUACGUAUGAAGACCAUCAUACCGAUUACAUUUUAAGUUUAGGAGUGAUUGAUAUUCUGAAGCAUAUCUAUAGUGUGCCAUUUGAUAGCAAGAAGAGUUUACGGAUUAAGAAAGAGAUUUGCUGGGUUAUUUCUAAUAUUACGGCUGGUACACCGGCUCAGAUUGAUGAAGUAAUCAAGGCUGGGUUUUUGGAGAUCUUGGUUAAUGCCGUGAAUAAUGCCGAUCAAGCGACUAAAGUUGAAGCUUGUUGGGCUAUUUGCAAUGCAACUAUUCAUGCUAAUGAACAUAUUCACCAGGCCCGGGAAGUACUUAGAGCAGGGACUAUUCCGGCCUUUGCUAAAGUCCUGCCGAUGAUUCGUAAUGAUACUAAAGUAACUGCUGUGAUUCUGGACUGCAUAACUAACUUACUUGAAUGUGGCCGUACUGAGUCAAUGGGGGCUGAGAACCAGGUGGCCACUGAUAUUGAAAACACAACUCUUCUGGACCAGGUAGAAGAGUUACAAACGGCCGAGAACGUCAAAAUUGCCUCUAAAGCCGAAAACAUUAUCAGAGUGUACUUUGAUUGUCACUAA